GCCGAGGCCGAAAAUGAAACAUUCCCGCGACUCCCUCCCAAAUCCCAAACCCCCGGAUCCCCUUGCCCUCCGCCCUUCUUGCCGGCGGCCUAGUUAGUCGUCCACCACCGCCUCCUCUAGACUCACCAACCAGAGGCGCGCGAUCUUGGCGGCCUCUUUUCGUCCCUCCUCCCUCCCCGGUGAAUCCCCCGCCCUCGCUUCCCUCCCUCUCGUUGCUCUUCAACCUUCGUGUGUGGGUAAUUAUGCAAUUGGUGACGCGAUUCCUUGGUUCCCCUACUCAAUUGCUCCUUCGAUUGGAGGAACCGGUCGUUUUGCUGGAUGUUCGUUGUGCCGGAAAAUUAGUGGGUGAGGAUUCCGUCAUUCCGAGCUUGUGCUGCGGUUGCCAUCGCAGGAGCUCGAUCGGUUUAGGAUCUGCUCAAUUGUCGUGAACUCCACUGUGCUUGGCCGAUGCGUGGUAGGAAUAUCGCCGGCUGCAGUUACCGUGUUCCAGCAGGAAUUUGUUAGCAUUCAUAUAUAUGCUAAAGUUUUUUUGUCUUGCUAAAAUCUAGCACACUUCAUUAGCCCCGUUUGGAUAGGCUAGUGCUAAAAUUCAACACAUUCACCCAUCAGCACUUGGAUCCAAAUAGGAUCUUAGUCUUUGAAGCAGUAUUGCAAGUUUCUAGGAUGCAGAAUGGUGCGAAAUUCUUAUACCAUUUGAUUUGCUGUUUCAGUAAUCUUAGUCUGUUUGAAUAACUACGAUGAGCAGCAAAAGUACUUUUCCAGGUGUCUCUACAUGUCUAAGACCUCUUUGAUGAAUGCCCAAACUGACAGUGCUCCUGCAAUUUCUACUCACUGCUCCCCAGCUGAAAUAUGUAUUAGUAACAUUGUAAUGUCUUGCCAAGUUUACCUCCAUUUUCACCUGAUUGGUGAGCAGAAAUUUGGCCUGCACGACGACUCGUCGAAGAAGAUGGCUUCAUUGUCCGUUAAGAGAUCUCGGAUGCAAUUUGCAAACAUACCAAGUAGCAGUCCCUACCAAUGGAAGCCUUCACUUCCUGACAGUGAACCCUCAAACGCCAGCACUACAUUUGAUGUUGAGUGCAAAUUUCAGCAUUUGGAAUGUUCAGUUCACAAGAUGGGAAUGGUGCUAGACUCAGUGCAAAAUGAUGUUAUUCGUUUAAACAGGGCCAUGAAGGAUGCAACACUGGAUUCUAACAGCAUAAAGAAAAAGGCAGUUGUUCUGGAGAGGUCACUUCAGGAAAUCUGUAAGGGAGAAGAUGAUCUCAAAGAACUAGUAGAGAACUGUACCAAAACCAAUCCUGAUCAGCUGAAUGUUAUGAACUCUCACUCCAGUAAUCUGGAUGAAAUAUCAUUGACUCUUUCAGCAUGGCCAAAACAAAUACAAGCAGACUUAAGGUUACUGCAGAGUGACAUCUCCAGUGUUCUUACAGGAGAGAUGCAGGGCAUUGUUAGAGCUAUAAGAUCUUCUGAAAGUUCCUGUCUGUCUUAUUAUUCAUCUUGGCUGAAGGACCAGAGUUGCACCAUCAACAAAAGACCCCUGGUGAACCCAAUGCCAAAAGUAAAUGAAAAGCCCCUACCAAAUCAAACAACAGAAGUGGAUCGAAGAUCCCUGAAUCUGGAGCAGUUGAGGAAGAAGAACCAACAAUACCAGUGGAGGCAACCACUGAAGGACGGUCGGCAGCGUCACCACUCCCACCAGCACUGCGUGCAUCUGCUUCGGGCAUUAUAACCUCCACCAUAGCGCGCCUCCGCUCCCCUUCUGCACAAGACGCAAAGGAAUCACAGGAUGCAAUGGUGCUUGGCAGCAAAUCGGCACACUGGAAGUCUGGAACAGAGGAGGGAAAGCAAAUCGGCACAUUGGAAGUCUGGAACAGAGGAGGGAAAGGAGGGAAGAAGGAACUGCUCACCCGCACUAUCAGAGGACGACGAAGCCAUCUUCUCUGGAGCUCGCCGGACCCGUCACCCGUCCUCGCGUUCGCGCGCCGACAGAAGGAGGUCGCGGGUCGGGGCAGCUCGCCGGAGGGAGCGGAUCAGCGGAGGGAAGAAGGAAGCUCGCUCGCGGCGCCGGCAGGCCGUGGCGGCGGCGGCAAUGGAGGGAGCGGCGGCCUAACCCUAGUGGCGGCAAUGGAGGGAGCGCGGCUCGGUCGGGACUGGGGAGUCUCGGAGUCGGGACGGGGAGCGGAUCAGCGGAGGGAAGAAGGGAGCUCGCUCGCGGCGCCGGCAGGCCGUGGCGGCGGCGGCAGUGGAGGGAGCGGCGGCCUAACCCUAGUGGCGGCAAUGGAGGGAGCGCGGCUCGGUCGGGACUCGGGAGUCUCAGAGUCGGGACGGGGACGGAAUGUGUGGCGCUGGCCGCUGGGAGCCUCUCUUGAGUUCUAACCCUAGUGGGCUUUGGGCCUCUCAAUUUCUCACCGGCCCACAAACAAUCUAGUCCAGUUACACAAACCUGAUCGAGAAUACCCCUAGUCGGGCGAUUAAUCGCCUCUAGUCGCCGAUUAGUCGCUCGACCGGUCGAUUAGGCUUCCUGAUCGAGUCGUGGACCCUAAUCGAGUGCGCUGGACCGAUAAGGUCGAUUAAUCGCGAUUAAUCGCUCGAUUUGAAAACAUUGCUCUCGAAGAACAUAUCGGAAUCCCCAGAAGAGUCAAAUACCAGCAACAAAAGUGUAAUACUACAGUCUCAUUUUUUACACAAUAUAGUUUUUUAGCUAUCAGAAUCAAACUGGAGAUCUGUUUUAGAAAUUGUUAUAUGCUUUUUAUAAGCUGAUUAAGCAUCAUUAGAAGCAUGAUCUGACACCCUGCUUAUCUUUUAUUUCAUCGGGUUAUAACAGCAGUUUUAAUGGCAUUACACUAAUACUGGUUUUUAUUUGUUUAAUUUAUUGCAUCAUGAUCAUUAUAUUCAUGUUCUUUGCAUUUAUAUUACUAAUAUGAUUGCCACUUUUGAAAAUUAUACUUGAUUUUGUUUUUUAUAUUAAUUUAAUUUGGAGCUGAUGAGGCCUGCUUAUUGAUGCAGCCUUCGUACACAUUCAGUUUGUCCUGCAAUGGAAGGAAAGUCGAAUAUGGUCGGAGAACAAGGAAAGGAACCGGUCUGUAUGAUCAUCAACUCAGAUGACGACAGCGAAGGGUGUGUUUCCAGGAUGAUUCUGCAAACUGAAAAAGCUAAUUUGGAGUCCCACUUGAUAAAAGAAACCGCUGAAGAAAGCUUGCAGACACUAAAGAGGGCCAGGAAGAGGACAGUUGAAAAGAAGGCCAUUGUUCCAGUCAAAGAUUUGUUGUUAGACCAGAUGCUGCACCAAAAAGCUGAAGGAUAUCCAAGGUAAUUUCAAUGUCAUGAGCCGAGGGCCUCAAGAAUAGGACCACAUCAUCUGCGUACAAGGAAAUUCUAUGCUGCAAAGCUCUUUUGGCCAAAGGUUGCAACAAAUGCUCAACUUCAGCUUUUUUCACCAAAUGACAUAGCACAUCCAUGACCAAUAUGAAAAGCAUUGGUGACAGUGGGUCACCUUGUCGCAAACCUCGCUGAUGAUGUAUUUUCUCCCCCGGAGAACCAUUUAGCAGUACUUGAGUGGAGGAGGUUGCAAGGAGUCCACUGAUAAUAUCACGCCAAAUAAUUCCAAAUCCCAGCUGCUUUAGAACUUCCAAGAGAAAAGGCCAUGAAACUGAAUCAAAGGCCUUGUUAAUAUCCAAUUUCAUGAGGAUACGGGCUUGCUUCUGCUGGUGUAGAAACUUGGUAGUGUGGUGCACCAGCAUGAAAUUGUCUAGAAUAAAACGACCUUUGAUGAAAGCACUUUGAUUAGGGGAAACCAACUGGUCCAGUCGACCUGCAAGUCUAUUGGCAAGGAUUUUUGUAAUGAGUUUGGCGACAGAGUGAACCAAACUGAUGGGUCUAUAAUCCUUGAUAUUUGAAGCAUCUUCUUUUUUUGGCAAUAAAGUGAUGAAGGCCGAGUUUAACAGCUCGAAGUUAUCAAA